AUGGCAAACUGCGACCUCUGCCGUGUUUUGCAUGACAAACUGCCUUUCAGGAUCACGACAAAAAAACAAGCCAAUCCUCUUCAUGCGUCAGAAAUCUUUCUGGUUUUCAACUUUCGCAUCACAAAUCCAGAGUCAGACAUGUUUGCGAUGCAUAACACCGAGGACUUGUUAAUGGCGAAGAUAUAUCAUGUGCAAAAGUUGUAUCGUACUCGUAGUAAUUGCAAUCAUGCACUACAAAUUUUUUUCUCAAAUCCGCAUUACAAAUUGUAUUUCUCACGCUGAGGGAAUUUGUCAUGCAUUUAUACGAGUACGGUACUUUUGUAAUUCAUAAGAUACCCUUGGACAAAAUGAAGAGGACAGAGAUCCACGACGUGGUAUAAUAGGAGUUCUUUUCGCACCAGGAGAAAGUUUUUUUUGCCACUUGCCUGUUUGCUGUUUGUCAUGCAGUUUUUCCGAUGACAUUGGAUGUUUGUAUUGCAUGCUCUCCACAUCAACUCAUACUCUAUCAGAUGAAAAAGUACGGGUUCACGCACGUGCUAUGCAAUGCAAAUAUGUCUGGGAGGUCCUCUGGAUGAGAGGCAUGCAGAGCCUUUUGUCGAUUACAAAUCAGUCCUAUGUACGGCAUGAACGCAUCACAAAUUAUUUUUCGGGUCUUAUAAUUGCGAGUUCAUCUUCAUUGUCAUUCCUAUUUUGCACGACAAGCUGCCCUCCAGUACGACAAAGAAACUGGCUAAAAAUUAUCCCCUUCAUGCAAUACAGAUAUCGUUGUCUUUGAAAUUUCGCAUCACAAAUCCAGACCCAGAGAUAGUUGCAGUGCAUACGUACCGCCAAAGGACGAAACGGACGACGAUCUGGAUGAUUUCGCGGAAGCGACAAAGGGGGAUUUGUAAUGCGGGAUGAGGAGCACAAAAGGAGUCUGUCAUGCGAGAAAAGCGAACGGAAAAGGGAGCAGGUUGCAGCCGACGAGGAAUUAUCUGUGAUGCAGACUUCACUAGAUAAAGGAAAGUAGUGACGAUCUGACGCAGGAGACUUGGGGAAUGUUUUUCCCUCGUUUCCUUCCGUCAGGUCUGAUAUAAUCUUGGUUUCUGGGAUGAAGAUGAACAAAUGGAAGCGAAAGUCAUAGACUUUCACAUUUUGAUGUGCUAUAGUUUGUGAUCACAACGGUACUAAAUUUUCCGUAAGGCUUUUUUUGCGUUGGAAGUGCGAGAGCAACGAAAAAAUGAAUUUCAAAACGAUCUCCGCAGCCGGGGUGCAGACAGAUACGGCCCGCUUGAAAUUUGCCAAGCAGUUGCACGCCGUCUGUUCACCAGAGUUCCGGUGCGGCAAUAACCGCACGACUUUAAGAG